GUCUUGAGUAUUUCAACACCGCGCCAUCAUCCAGCUCAUCUGCCGAUAGGGCGCGUCGAAUAGGCCAUCAAUAUCGUCUACCGCGCUUUACUCUUCAAUCAACGUGGGCUGCGCAUGUCACCUCUCGCGUACAAUCGCGACGAUCCACUCCGCGUAGGUUUCCCGCAGCUGAGUUCACGCAGUCGAACAGUAAUCUCCCCCACCGAGCUCGUGAGGAAGUGCUGCAUCACAUCAUCAAGACGUCCCUGUCGUAGAAAAGAUUGGGACGGCAAGCUGGGAAGAAGCCUGCGACAAGAUGAUGAAAGUUUCGCAGUUUCUGGGCGAAUCAAAGCCUUUCAGCGCCGUCACGGAUUGGAUCGACAGACUAUGUGGUCCAAAGUACGAGGAAGAGGAACUGGAGGGCAUUCCAGAGCUAGUGCAGGCCAUCAAUCUGCAGCAGACGGGCCCAACAGAAGCGUCGCGUGCAAUCCGUAAAAAGCUCAAGUACGGCAACUUGCACGCCCAGAAGCGGGCGCUUACUAUUCUCCGCUCACUCGUGGAGAACUGCAACGAGCGUUUCCAUCGCACAUUUGCUGAUGCCAUGCUCAUCGAGCGCAUCAAGAUCAUGAGCCAGGAUGAGCUAGUCGACGCCAGCGUACGCCGGAAGCUGAUGCGCCUGCUUCAUGGCUGGCACAAGCAAUUCCAAGGUGUUGCGUCCAUGCAUACCGUUGCCGGACUUUACGUCGCGUGCGGUGGCGGCAGGAAGAGCGAGCAGCAGCUGAAGAGUGAAGCCGCCGAUGCCUACCGAAAAAAGAGGGAGCGCGAGGAGCGCGAGCGACAGAUCCGCAGCGACUACAAGGCUGCAAAAAGGCUACAUGAGGAAGAGCAGAAGCGGAUCAAGCAGGGGGGGAAAAAAGGCCAGCGACCGCCAUUCAACUUCCAGCAGGAGAAGCCGCAGAUUCUUGCGGCUGUCGCGUCCACGCAGCAGUACGCAACUGCACUCGUCAAUGCGCUGCAGCACGUGAACCGCGAAAAGGACUCCGUCACGGCCAAUGCGCGCGUGCAGGAUUACCUGGCCAAGGUGAAAGCCGAGCGUAAGAAGGUCGUGCGGUACAUCCAGCUCGUGAAGGACGAAGAGUUCCUCGGCUCGCUCAUCUCAGCGAACGACCAGAUCAUCCUCGCGCUCGAGCUAUACGACAAGCUCGCCAAGCCCUCUGACGUCGACUCGGACGAGAAUGAGCCGCUCGCUGCCAUCAGCAGCGGUAACAGCAGCACCAGCGGCGGCGGCGGCAACGCAGCGGAGCGGCAGGCGCGCCUCGAUGCGGAGAUCGAGGCGGUGCGCAAGCGAUUGCUGCAGGCGAGGCUCAUGGACGCGCCGGACGGCGAGCUUGAGAAACUGCAGAAUCAGCAGCGUGGGCGGAUCGAGCGGCACAAUUCGUACGCACGCAGCAUUGCGAGCAGUCGGAAUGGCGUCACCGGCGGCGGCGCUGGCAGCAGCGCCAUGACCGACUUGAUGGAUCUCAACUUUGACGAUGGUAGUUGCGACAACCUGCCGCCUUCGAUUCAGCCAAACGUGCGCUCCUCUGUCGCUUCCAGCAGCGCCGUCGGCUCUUCCUUGGCGACGGGUGUGGCGUCAGGCCAUGGUGGCGGUCUGUCGGACUAUUCGGACCUUGACUCGGAGGAGGGCGAGGAGUCGUCCGACGGAGCAGAGGUGGCCAUGGCAUCUGCGUCCGGUUCUGGCAGUCGCUUCGGCGCUACGAUCGGCGCCAACAAGAAGAGCCCGGCGACUGCGGCAGCAGCGGCGGAGUCCACAUCCUCACUCGGCGCCGGCGACCGUCACGGCCGUGGCGGCUACGAGGACGGCGACGACGGCUUUGACGACGCGGCGAGCUUCGCGAGCCACCGCCCGCAGAUUGGGCCGAAGUUUUCGGCGGUGACACACCUUGAGGAUGACGAUGACGGUUUUGAUCCGUUUGCGGACCCAGCCGAGGACGACGCCACGGGGGCGCAGGACGAGCCGAUGGACGCGUUCAGGCGCAGGCACGACGGGCCGCGAGAGGCGUACGCAGCCGUGUAGAUUUACGGACGGAGUGUGAAAGCUGCCGCAGAGACGUGGGGAUAUAUGGGGGGAAGGUUGGACAGCGUGGUUCUAGAUCGUACGCUGGCUCGCUGGUAGAAUCAUGUCAUAUGCGCAGAUAGAAUCUGCCGGUUGGCACUCAUUCACUACCAGAGCCUUGCAUGCCUCUGUUUCCAACGAGGUACGAAAAGCCUUCGGUCGGGCCAGAAUGGAUUGAUUGUUUGGGGGGAGGGAGGUGGUUCCCUCCAUGGGUCGGCAAGCGGGGGAGCUCACCCCACAGCACGGGGAUGUUGCGUUGUGUUGUACUGUAGACGCUUCCGACACGUCAGAAAGAAUUGAAUGAAUGACC